GGCCAUGCUCGUGACGUAGAGGUGCAGAACAAGGCAUCCCAGGCCAGGAGAGAACGGUCUCCGAGCUGCACUCAGUACCGUGUGUAGCAGCAGCAGCAGCACUCGGCGCCGCCAUCAUGCCGUCUCUCCGGGAGCGGUUCCGUAAUUACUUGAACGGGGAUAACGUUGUGUCCCGGUUGCUGGGGAGAGUUGAGGAGAAGACGGGCAUCAAGAAGGAUUACCUGGCGACCGGCUCCAUGUGUUCUCUGGGCUUAUAUCUGGUAUUUGGUUAUGGGGCUUCUCUGGUCUGCAAUUUAAUUGGUUUUGCAUAUCCUGCCUACACAUCAAUUAAAGCCAUUGAGAGUCCAGAUAAAAAAGAUGACACAAUAUGGCUGACGUACUGGGUGGUUUAUGGAGUGUUCAGUGUGGUGGAGUUUUUUUCUGAUAUAUUUCUCUUCUGGUUUCCUUUUUAUUAUCUGGGAAAGUGUGCCUUCCUGCUCUGGUGUAUGGCUCCUUUCUCAUGGAAUGGGUCCCAUAUUAUUUACAGCCGCUUCAUCCGUCCAUUCUUCCUAAAGCACCAUCAGACUGUAGACAGUGUAGUGAACGAUCUGGGAGGUCAGGCUCUGAAUACAGCAGAAAAUGUUGCCAGGCAUGUCUUGCAGACUCUAACCAGCAGCAGAUCUCUCCUGGCUCGUGAGGGGGGCCAGCAGGCCCUUCCCAGCACCUCUCAGUCAAAGGAGCAAUGAUCCAGUCUUUGGAAGCUGAAAAGAACAAAUGAUGGUGUUUCUUUGCUUUCUAGAAUGCCUCUACUUAAAAAAAAAAAAAAAAAAAAAAAAAUUCUGUUCAGACUAAUUUUCCUUAAUUUCACUACAUGUUUUCUGUGCGAUGCAUUUAUUACUAGCCAUUAUCUCUAAUUAGUUUAUCUAUGUCCAAGGGUGUUAAAAAGUUAAGUGUUUCUCCAACGUAGGUGCCAAUUUUAAUACUGGUAUCUUAUGGAAAUGCCAUGAUAAAUAAAUGUGAAUCUCUGGUUGUUAAAAUGCAGAUUGUUAAUUAUGUCCUACAGGCUGUAUGUUUGUUAAUAUGCAACAGGAGAAAUGCAGAGCUGGAUAUAUGCCUUGUUUGCUUUAAAUGGGUGUGCAGCUUUGUACCACCACUGUGGUGCUGCCCUACUUUUAAACACAUCAUUGCACACGAACCAUUUGCUUAGUCUUGCAUAUGUGCGAACAUUUUUCAGUCCUCCUCCUCAGAGAAUGAGAGAUAGGAGCAUAGUGAUCCCCAUGGUGUUCUAGGGCAGGGACCUACACGAAAAAGUUUGCAAGACGCACCUAGAAGAAAAAAAAAAGUGUAUGGUAAUGAUUAAAGCAUACCACAUAAGAUCACCCCAGACAGAAUGGUUAAAGUAGCACUAAAGGUAACAACAUGAAUUAGAUUUAAGCACUCUUAAAAAAAAAUAAAUAUAUAUAUAUAUAUAUAUAUAUAUAUAUAUAUAUAUAUAUAUAUAUAUAUAUAUAUAUAUAUAUAUAUAAUUGACUUCCUUGCUUUUACUUUGGUGUUUUUGAUUUUUUUUGUUAUUUCUUUUUGGUAGCAUGUGUAUCUUAAGGUUUACAAACAAGCACAGGUUGAGCCAGAAAAGUAGGUUAUUUCAAGAUAAUUCAGCAUAACAUUGUCCAUUUCAUUUGUAUGUUGUCUUUGAAGUUUAAUAAAAUGAGAUUUUUGUUUUUUA